AUGACCUGGAUCAGGGUGAGGGGAGGGGCCUCCGGCCUGCCGCAGCCUGUGCCAUGCGCGCUGCCGUGUGGCCCUGGCCACUCUUGUGGGGUGCGGCCUGCGGGCGCCGGGCUCUCCGUGGCUGUCCCAGCAAGGCUGUGUCCCGGCUCUAGCGGCUCAAGAGCUGAGCCCCUCUACUGUGAGCUGUAUCCUUCCACCAGAAGCUGCCGCAGCCGGUGUGUGUCCUUCCUUAUUACAGCUCAGCAGCCCGGGACUGAAGGUGCCUGUGACCCUGGAACAAGGGCUGCAAGUGCAGGUGGGAGGGCAGAAGAUGAACAGGUCCCAGGUGGCCUGCCCCUGUCCCUGGCUGGGGUCACACUCCGGACCUUCUCCACAUUCUUGGCCGCCACAGUCCCGGUGACCCUGGGCCUCUCCGUGGCCUUUCACAAAUCCUGUGCCUUCUGGGUGGUAGGGCCAGAGAUCUAUACUAGCACCAUCCGUGGCUUCAGUGGGGACUGUCACAUGGGUAUUUUGAAUGAUUUUGGUGACUUCCUGGGCAUAUGCUUUUCUGAUGCCCACGGCUCAACCAUAGGCCUAGCCCCCGCACCUGCUGGGCAUGGCAGCCCAGUACUGGACCCCCUGCAGACUGCUGGGAACCCACAACAGGUCCUACAGGGCCUCUAGUCCACAUGGAGGACUGUGUCCAUGACCUCUAUGCCCCAGGGGGCUUGCAAGAGACUGUGUGCGCGGAGCCAUGCCCAGGAAUGCCCCCCUGUGCCACCCUGAAGAUCCCUGUUGGCCUACGGUGAGUGAUAUCAUCACAGGGGUCUUUCUGAGCCUGAUCCCACUGGCUGGGAUAUCCAGGAUGUCUUCCCAGGUCAGUGCCAUCCAGGUGGAGUCACUGCAUGCCCUCUGGAUAACUGCGCCCCUUAGGACCCUCCCCUCUUAAAAUGCUCCAGUCACAAUGACAGAUGGCACUGAGCACUAUCAAGUCAGCCAGGAUAGUCUAGGUCACGCUGCAGUCACAAACUGACCUGACAUCUCCAUGGCCCAGCCUGGCCAAAGAUUAUUGUCUCUCCUACAGUAUUCAGGGCACCGUUCAAGUUCACUUCCAUCCUGUGGUACCACCCCACCCUUCAGCCCUUCACCUUGGAAGUCACACUCACAGCUCACAGUACUUUGGCCAGAGCUAGUCACGGUCCCACCUUUCUGCAUGGGGCUGGGACAGAGAAGCACAUGGGCAUUUAGUGGCUAUAAGUGAGUCUACCAUAUGCAUUAGCUCAUUCAAUCCCCAUAACCACCAGCCAAGGGACUUGUUUCAUGGGUGAGAAAACUGAGGUACCAGGACGUCAAGGAGCUGGUGCAAGACCGCUCAGAGUCAGCAGGAUGUGCAUUGUGUUGAUUCCUGCUGGCUUGUGGAUGAGGCACAAGCCCUUGGCUGAGUACCCAGGGCUCACGUAGACUGGCGCCCACUCCUGUCAGCUGCUCUGGACCUACACUCUGGGAUCCUGAAGUGCAUAGAACUCCCACCCUCUCCAGACAAUUUGCUGCUGCUUGUCGCUCCUUCAAGUCUCAGAAACUACAUGCCAGUGGGGCCAGGCAGGCAAAUGGCUGACACAGGCUGGGGGAAGCUGGGAUGUGUCCUGUCUGAGGGCAUCGGCAUCGCUUUCCGGAUAAUUCUCGCCAAGUGGGAAUGUCGGUUCAGUGGAGUAUGAUAUCCUUAUUCCAAAUCACUCGGUAGUGACUUUGUGUGACUUUGGGCAAGUCACUUAACGUCUCUGGACCUCAGUUUCCUUAUCUAUAAAAGGGGUGAUGAAAGUCUCCAUCUCAUGAAAUCGUUGUGAGGUAUAAACAAGAUGGUAUGUGAAAAGCAAGCUCCUGGUAAUCGCUCACUUUUUAAAAAUAUUUUUAUAAUGUUUUUUAUUCAUUUUUGA